AUGGUAGAUCAUCAUAUCACAAAGUCCUCUCGUAGGUAUCAUCCGUACUCUAUAACCAGUGCUUCUUUAGACUCUCGGAAGAAUAGACGUGAGUUGAUGACUCAAGUACUCCCUGAUCAAUUUGUCUCUAAUUUAUUCUCAAGUAUCGAACAACCGCAAGAUUUUGUGAAUCCUUUUAUUAAUUUUGACGACAAUGGCCAAAUUAACAACUACGGAAACUUGUUUGAAUUGCAAGGUGCUCAGAUUGGAUCCUUGCAAGGUGAAUGGAUGAACAAUAUUCCCGAGAUGAUGUCAUUUCCCUUCGUACCGACUGAAGCUUGCUCUCAAGUACCUGAUAUUGAACCCUUUGGACCCUUCGAAAUUUGUUCUCAAGUAUCUGAUCCUGAAUCCCUCGUAUCUAGUGGAAAUUUUUCUCAAG